AUGGUGGUUGCUCUCGUGGCAAUAAAUAUCAUUGGGGAACCUGCGGAUUUGAGCCAUGAGAACAGCCAGUCUUCCAGGGAGAAGCUGAUCGACCAUUACCUAGGCACCAAUUCGGAGGACUCGGCCCUCGAGGGGAGCUACCCUGGGAAGGCCGACGCCAUUUCUCCGCUGGACGAUCUGGCUUUUGACAUGUACCAGGAUCCGGAAGUGGCCCAGAUCAUCCGGAAGCUGGAUGAGAAGAAGCACGAAGCGGUGCACAUGGAGCACUACGACCACGCCAAGAAGCUCAAGCAGGCCAUCGCGGACCUCCAGAAGGUCGGGGAGCGGCUGGGGCGCUACGAGGUGGAGAAACGGUGCGCCGUCAAGAAGGAGGACUACGACUUGGCCAAGCAGAAGAAGCAGCAGAUGGAGGACUAUCGUCUGAAGGUCUACCAGCAGUUGGAGCUUCAUAACCUCCUGGACCCAGAGCUCGCCAUCCGGCGAAUACCUGACUUGCCGCUCGACCCCGUGGCUCAGCCCACCACGACCCUCCAGCAGAAGAAGCCCCUGCCGUCCCCCUGGCGGGAGAAAGCCGAGCCAGAGAGCCCUGCCUCUCCGCUGCACUCCGAGAAGCCCCCCGAAAUCCCCUCGCCUGAGCCGGGCCCCUCUCAGGUGGUCUCCCCCCCACCGGCCCAGGCAGCUCCCAUCGCUGCGGAGGGAUUCCCCAAGAUCAAU